UAUCUUGAUUCUAUGAAGAGUUAUUCUAUGUGUGAAGGGCAUUAUAACCAGGUUGUCACUAAAAAAUUUUUUAUUGAUCAAUUUAAGGAAACUGAUACUACUUUUCUAUCUUUAGGUGGACCCAAGAAAAAAAAAUUGAAGGUUUCUAAUGAAGGCGAUGAGCAGCAAGCCUCUGAAAAAACCUUUGUCGAUUUUGGCACUCAGGUUGAUUUGCCUGAAAAAAUCUUCAUCGAUUUUGGCACUCAGGUUGAUUUGCCUGAAAAAACCUUCGUCAAUUUUAGCAUUCAGGUUGAUUUGCCUGAAAAAAUUUUUGUCAAUUUUGGUGCUCAAGUUGAUUUAGUUGAAAAAACUUAUCCAAUAUGUGAAAUUCUUCAAAGAAGAAUUGAUGAGUUAGAAGAAAAUAAUAAGCAAUUAUUAAGUGAAAAUGAGGCAAUAAAAAGAAUAUUAAAUGAAAAAUUUACUAACCAAAAAGAUUGCAUUUAUUCUAUAAUAGAAAUCGUCAAACAAGAACAA